ACUCUGCCUGGUCCCUGUCAGACCUCAAUUUCCCUGGUGGUGAGCACAGCUGAGUCAAGUUAAGCUGCAAACCACCGCCACCCGACAUACACACAAGCAAAGACUCUUCACUUCCUGCCCCACCCAGCGAAUACGCCGAGAACAGAACUAGGCCGCAGCAUCAGCAAACUGGCAGGCAGGGUUGGGGGGCGUAAGCAAGGGCCGGAUGUGGAGACCCUCUUCCUUUAUCACAGUAAAACGGACUCAUGAAAUGCAUCAGUGUGGCGCUUUGCAGUCGUCGCUGGGGACGGGGGAGGGGAGAUGGAGCGAAGACUGGAAGACUGGGAAGGGGCUCUCCGAAAGCGCCCACCCCUGUGCCCCGCCCCGCCCACAAGUCCACACUGUCAGCUCGCCUCGGUUUCCAUUGCGUUCUCCUCCGCUCUUUCCCGCCGCCCUGCCUUGAUUCUGCUGGGGGCGGUGCCGAAGUGGCGGCCCGCCCUGCGACCUCGCCCGCUAGCGUCCAGUCCGGUGGAGCCCGGGCCUGACCGGGCCAUGUCGGCGGAGCCAGAGCUCAUUGAACUACGGGAGCUGGCACCGUCUGGGCGCAUCGGCCCUGGCCGUACCCGGCUGGAGCGUGCCAACGCUCUGCGCAUCGCGCCGUGCACGGCACGCAAUCCGUCCCAGCAGCACGUCCCGGGUCGUGGCCACCGCUUCCAGCCUGCUGGUCCCGCUACGCACACGUGGUGCGACCUCUGUGGAGACUUCAUCUGGGGCGUCGUGCGCAAGGGCCUCCAGUGCGCGCACUGCAAGUUCACCUGCCAUUACCGCUGCCGUGCGCUCGUCUGCCUGGACUGCUGCGGGCCCCGAGACCUGGGCUGGGACCCCGCACUGGAAAGGGACACGAACGUGGAUGAACCUGUACAGCGGGAGACACCCGAUCUUUCUCAGGCUGAGACUGAGCAGAAGAUCAAGGAUUACAAUGGCCAGAUCAACAGCAACCUCUUCAUGAGCCUGAACAAGGACGGCUCCUACACAGGCUUCAUCAAGGUUCAGCUGAAACUCGUGCGUCCUGUCUCAGUGCCUUCCAGCAAGAAACCACCUUCUUUACAGGACGCCCGGCGGGGCACAGGGCGGAGCACAGCUGUGAGGCGCCGCACCUCCUUCUACUUGCCUAAGGAUGCUGUUAAGCACUUGCAUGUUCUGUCACGAACACGGGCACGUGAGGUCAUUGAGGCCUUGCUUCGCAAAUUCAUGGUAGUAGAUGAUCCUCGCAAGUUUGCACUCUUUGAACGAACUGAACGUCAUGGCCAAGUGUACUUCCGGAAACUGUCAGAUGAUGAACAGCCCUUGAAGCUCCGGCUUCUUGCAGGACCUAGUGAGAAGGCCCUGAGCUUUGUCCUGAAAGAGAAUGACUCUGGGGAGGUGAAUUGGGAUGCCUUCAGCAUGCCUGAACUGCACAAUUUCCUACGUAUCCUGCAGCGGGAAGAAGAGGAACACCUCCGACAGAUCCUGCAGAAGUAUUCUCGGUGCCGCCAGAAGAUCCAGGAAGCCUUGCAUGCCUGCCCUUUGGGGUGACCUUUCGUGUCCCUGGGUGGCAGGAGGAAAAUAGGCAAUGCGAAGAGCGUGCCGUGUGAGUGUGACAGGGCCCGUGGGGCCUGAGGAAUGAGUGUGCGUGGAGGUCCUCCUCUGCUAAAGGGAAUGAGCCCAGAGAAAAGGGAAGGAGCUGGCCCUCUACCAGUGGAUAUCGCGGGGCAGGCUUUGCAGCCCUCUGCCCCUCAUAUACUGGGUCAUACUCUGGGUAGCUGCUCCGUCUUUCAUCAGGGUCUCAGCUGUGAGAAUCUUAAGAGACUCUACAAACAGAACAAGGUUAUGUUUGCAGGGCUGAGGGCCCUUAUCUAUGGAGAAAGAUUGUUCUGGGUCGUGAAUAAGUCUCAGGGUAGCCAGUCAGAGCCAAGGGUAACUGCUCAGAAUAAUACAGGCAUUAAGGUAGAGUCUGUUUCCCUCUUUUUUUUUUUUUUUUUUUUUUUUUUUGGUUUUUCGAGACAGGGUUUCUCUGUGUAGCUUUGUGCCUUUCCUGGAACUCACUUGGUAGCCCAGGCUGGCCUCGAACUCACAGAGAUCCGCCUGGCUCUGCCUCCCGAGUGCUGGGAUUAAAGGCGUGCGCCACCACCGCCCGGCCUGUUUCCCUCUUAUAGUGCCUUAUGACUUAUACACAUACCCUAAGGUCAGGGAGGGCUGGCAAGUACAGCUACAAUGCCUCAGUGCCUCCUCUAAGGAAGAUGUUUCUGAACCAGACCCACUUCUUGUUUGCCAAAGCCAGAGUCUCCCUCAGAUAGUUUUGAUGGAAGUGUAUGAAUGUAUGUAAUGCUUUGUGGCCUCAACUGAAUGCCUCCUGUGGGGAAAGGGAUGGGGGUGUGACAGUCAUCAUCAGGGCCUGAGACCUGAGAGAAUUGGCUGAAUAAAGAUUUCAGAAUUUU